AUGGCUAAGAUCGUGCACUCUCUGUCUUCUGGCUGGUCCUUCAAGGACCGGGACACCGACGAGUGGUUGCCAGUAGCUUCAGUCCCAUCCGUGGUACAACAGGAUCUCAUUGCUAACAACAAGCUUGAUGAUCCCUAUGUUGGAUUCAAAGAGUUGGACGCCCGCUGGGUUAACGAGAAGUCAUGGGUCUACCGAAAUGUGGUGGAGAAGCCAUCCGCCCCCGCCGGCUCUUCAAUUGUCCUGGUCUUCGACGGUCUUGAUACCUUUGCCAAGGUCAAGCUGGACGGACAAGUGAUCCUAGAGAGUGAUAAUAUGUUCCUGGGUCACCGGGUAGACGUAACCAAAGCAUUCGAAGCAGAGGGCGAACACACGCUCGAGAUUGAGUUCGACUGUGCACUGAUCAAGGCACGCGAGCUCCGAAUCCAGGACACCACGCAUAAAUGGGUCGGAUUCAACGGCGAUCCAUCGCGCAUGGCUGUGCGGAAAGCCCAGUACCACUGGGGCUGGGACUGGGGUCCAGUGUUGAUGACCGCGGGCAUCUGGCGUGCCGUGCGAUUCGAGAUGUAUCAGGCCCGCGUGGCCAAUCUGUGGCCCCAAACACAGCUUUCUGCAGACCACCAGACAGCUGAGGUGACGGCCGUUAUCGAUGUGGAGAGCGUCGGCGAUGGGGAAUAUACGGCCCAGUUUAGCUUAGGCUUAAAAGGGAACGAGAUUGCAAGCAAGACUAUCCCAGUGUCUGGGAAGACCACUCAAGUAACAUUCCCAGUCGACAAGCCGGCUCUGUGGUGGCCCCAUGGAUAUGGCGAGCAGACUCUGUACGACGUAUCGGUGUCGCUACUUCGCAAUGGUGAACAGGUUGACCAGACAUCUAAGAAGUUUGGUAUCCGGACCGCCGAGAUAAUCCAACAGCCGGACAAGCAUGGCAAAUCCUUUUUCUUCCGAAUUAAUGGUAUGGACAUUUUCUGCGGCGGUUCGUGUUGGAUUCCGGCAGACAGUCUGCUCCCUGCCGUUAGCGCGGAGCGAUACCGCAAGUGGAUUGAACUUAUGGUCGCAGGCAGACAAGUCAUGAUUCGUGUCUGGGGCGGUGGUAUAUAUGAAGACGACUCGUUCUAUGAGGCCUGCGACGAAUUGGGAGUGCUAGUCUGGCAAGACUUCAUGUUCGGAUGUGGUAAUUAUCCCACAUGGCCCGAAAUGCUCGAGUCUGUCCGUCAAGAGACAAUCUACAAUCUGGAGCGUAUGCGUCACCAUCCUUCGAUUGUGCUUUAUGCGGGUAACAACGAGGAUUACCAAGUUGCAGAGUCAGAAGGCUUGACCUAUAACUACGAAGACAAAGAUCCGCAGAGCUGGUUGAAAACAGAUUUCCCGGCACGAUACAUUUAUGAGAAGCUGCUCCCAGAUGUGGUGGCUGAAUACUCACCUGGCACAUUCUACCACCCUGGAAGUCCAUGGGGAGAUGGCAAGAUAUCGUCAGAUGCCACUGUUGGUGAUAUGCACCAGUGGAACGUGUGGCAUGGAACGCAGGAGAAGUACCAAAUCUUCGAUACUCUCGGCGGCCGGUUCAACAGCGAGUUUGGAAUGGAGGCAUUCCCCCACAUCUCUACCAUUGACUACUUUGUCGAAAAUCCGGAGGACAAAUUCCCCCAAUCCCAUGUUAUCGACUUCCACAACAAGGCCGACGGUCAUGAACGAAGACUGGCGACGUACCUUGUAGAGAACCUGCGGACCGCUACCGACCUUGAGACCUAUAUUUAUCUCACUCAAGUCGUACAAGCAGAGACCAUGAUGUUCGGCUACCGAGGCUGGCGCCGGCAAUGGGGUGACGAGCGACACUGCGGCGGCGCACUGCUCUGGCAGCUGAACGACUGCUGGCCGACAAUCUCAUGGGCCAUCGUGGACUACUUCCUCAAGCCGAAGCCAGCAUACUACGCCGUUAAGCGGGUCUUGAACCCGAUCGCCGUUGGGGUCCGACGUGAGCACCACGACUGGAGCGUGGCACACGCCCAGCCACCCAAGACCAGCAAGUACGAACUUUGGAUCGCCAGCAAUCAACCAAAGACCAUCCAAGGCAGUGUCGAGCUGCGGUUCCUAUCUGUCAACUCAGGCCGCGAUAUUCGGGCUCCGAUCGUGCACGAAAACAUCACCAUUGCUGCCAAUGGCACCACGGAUAUCAUCACUGAUGGUGUUCUCGACCACAUCGCUGAGCCAGAACCACAUGUCCUCGCCGCCCGGUUGUGGGUGGACAACCAGGUUGUAGCACGGGAUGUCGACUGGCCACAGCCAUUGAAGUAUCUCAAUCUGUCCGAGCCACAGGUAGAGGUUAAGAAGCAGACAGGGAAAUCUGGUGAGACGGUGUUGGUGAUCAGUGCCCGCAAGCCGGUCAAGUGUCUCGUUUUCGAGGAGCAAGAGGGUGUACAGCUUGAGGACAACGCUAUUGACAUUGUCCCUGGUGAUGAGCAAACAGUCAUAGUUACUGGCCUUGGGGGUGAGCCUCUGAAGUACCGGUACUUGGGACAACCAUCCUGCGAAGUCGUUGUAUGAGUGGCUACUACAUACAUAUGUAUGUACCUACGCUGUAUAGCAGUAAACAACAUGAUUUCGAUGAGCAUAA